UUAGCCAGCUCUUAGCACGCGCACUGGUUUCUUGUGUUUUAUACAGUGUAGAUAUUGAGAUAUUGUUUCCCUCGUGGUUGACGGACUGGUUCCGUCCCACCAUAUAUAGCCUCAGACUGCACUUCGCCCCGGUUAUACAACGUGUUUGUAGUUUUACUGCUGUCGCUAGUUAGCGAGCGAGUUAGAAGUAGCUGCUAGUUUAGCUUAGCUUCCUAGCUAGGCUACUAGAGGAUCCUCCAUUCAUACCCAGAAAUAAGCUGAUAGUCAUGUCCUCCUCAAAGCCGCACAACUUCUCCUGGGUAGAGCAAGGGAAACUUGCAGGACUGGCGUUACCCAGGAUGACAUGUGAAUACCAGUAUCUGCUGGACAACGGCAUCAAACACUUGGUGUGCCUGUGUGAGAGGAAGCCACCUUACCAUGACUCCUGCCCUGACUUACAGCUUCACCACAUCAAGAUAGUUGACUUCAGGCCUCCCUCGCCCAGUCAGAUUGAUCAGUUCCUGUCCAUAGUGGAGGAGGCCAACUCCAAAGGGGAGGGCGUGGCAGUUCACUGCAUGCACGGUCACGGCAGAACGGGGACGAUGCUAGCCUGCUACCUGGUGAAGACGAAGAAGAUUUCAGGGAUUGAGGCCAUCAACGAGAUCCGCAGACUGAGACAAGGUUCGAUCGAAACUCACGACCAGGAGAAGGCAGUGGUGCAGUUUUAUCAGCGCACCAAGUAAUUUCAACACUUGUGUUUCUGUUUCUAGAAGUAUAAUCAACAAUGAUUUUUUGACUGGUUAUACUUUUAUUGAACAGUCUCUACAAAUCAUACAUAUUAUCUUGGGGGUGAAAAACAUUUCUCAAAUGUUGGAAUUACAUAGACAAACUUCUCUAUACUAAGCUCACUUUGUACACGAUCCGGUGUAAUAUUGUCUCGCUAACACAUUAGUACAGUUAUGAGGACUCUGUUGACAAGCUGUUAAAUUCGCUUCAUGCACUCGACGCCAGAGAGAAGAGACGCUGACGCUCCUUAAAUGUGAGUUUUUCAGGAGCCGACGCUCUCUUGGUUUUCUCCUCCUGGUUUCUGUAAAAACACAACAGCAGCAGAAUUACUUGAACCGUGUCUUUUGUGAGGUUUCAAACAUCCUGUGCUGUUUUAAAGAUAUAUAUUUAUGGUGUAAAGAGCUAAUGAACUUUUUCUCAGGGAUAUUUUUCAAAUACUUCUGAAGGGUUUGUGCAAAUAAAAAUGCGUCCUUGUGAUGAACAGACAGGCAUGGACAUUUCUGUGUCAUUAGGCAUUAUCAGUAGAUAAAUAAUGCUUAAAUGUAAACUCACUCCUUCAAAGCUUUGUUGUGAACGCCGUCACUCAGUCUGUUUGGUCUUUGAUCUGCCAAAACCAUGAAAGUUAUGCAAAAAUAAAAUGUCUAAUGAA